CAGGCUUGCUUUGAUGCGGCUAAGCCACCGGCCCCCGUUUCGCCCAGUUUCGACUUAGCCUCUGUUUCAAUUUGCUUUGAAUAGCGAUGCUCCGUUUCUGGAUGCUGCUGAUUUUGGUGGAGCUGACGGCGGGCUGGAAAUGGAUGGCCAAGAUCAAGGCGCCGUCCCUGCGGAAGAUGCGGAAGGGGAACCGCUUUGGGGACAAGAAGCUGGUGGUCAUCACAGGCACCUCCUCGGGCCUGGGCAAGGCCACCGCCAAGGCGCUGCUCCGCGCCAAGGACUACCACGUGGUGGGCGCAGUGCGAGAUUUGGAUAAGAUGCAGGUGGUGGCGGAGGUGGAGGGCUUCGACAUGGAGCGCUUCACCCCGAUGCAGCUGGACCUCGCGAGCUUCGACUCGGUGAAGUCCUUCGCCCAGGAGCUGGACAAGUUCCGGGGGGAUCGGCCGGUGGACCGUCUGGUCUGCAACGCCGCGGUGUACCAGCCCACUUUGGACUACCCCAAGUGGACGGAGGACGACCACGAGCAGCAGUUGCAGAUCAACUACCUCAGCCACUUCCUGCUGACGAGCCGCGUCAUGCCGAUGAUGACCGACUCGGAUGACGCCCGUGUGGUGAUGAUCGGCUCAGUGACCGGGAACGACAACACGGUGGGCGGCGGCGGGGUGUAUCCCAUCGCGGAUUUGAAGGAGUUGGAUGGCCUGGAGCUGGGCGCGAAGAAGCCCAUCGCCAUGAUGGACGGCUACAACUUCAACGGCGCCAAAAUGUACAAGGACACGAAGCUGGCGCUCAUGAUGACCACCAACAUGCUCCAUGAGCGCUUCCACCGGUCGACCGGUAUUUCCUUCAGCUCCAUCUACCCGGGCUGCAUUGCCGAGACGCCGCUCUUCCGGGAGAAGCGGCCCUGGUUCCGCAAGUACUUCCCGGUCUUCAUGAAGUACAUCACCGGGGGCUAUGUGGGCGAGGAGGAGGCUGGCAGCCGGCUCUUCCAGGUGCUGCACGACCCCGCGUGCGCGAAGAGCGGGGUCUACUGGUCCUGGAACGGGGGGCCCCGGGAGGGCCGCGCCGACGCGCUGGACACUGGGGGCCAGAUCACCGGCGCCGGAGGUGCCGGGGGUGGGUGGGAGUCCAUCUUCGAGAACGACCAGUCCGACAAGGUGCUGAACAAGGACCUGAUGCAGAAGCUUUGGGAGAGUACCAACGAGAUCACGAAGGCGCAGUGGCCCAAGGCGUACCAGUCCAAGUCACCGUGCCCCACGCUCAAGGUGGUGGGCGCGGCGACCUCGCUGCUGGGCAUCAUGGAGGAGCGCGCGCGGAUGAAGACCUCGCGGGACGGCGCGGGGGCGAAGGUCGUGGCCGACAAGAAUUUGCCCAAGGAGGUGCGGCGGCAGCGCUUGGCUGACAUGCUGCAGAAGCUGGACAAGACCCCCAGCGACCCUGAGGAGCUCGCCAAGGACUUGGCGCGCACCUCCGGGGAGG